GCAGGCAGUAGGCGUGCUGUAUAUAGAGGAGCGCAGAACACAAGAGAAGAAUGUGACUGUCACCAAUUAAAAAGUAAAUGGAGCUUUAGGUGGCCCCACGGUAAAGGAGUUUUAGGUCAUACGUGAACUUUGGGAUCUCGCACUUUUUUCUCUCUUGAUUUAGCAAAACGCGGUGACGCAGGUGCUGCUUGACAAUCGCCACUAGUCUGCAGCCCAUUCACCGAGCAGUUCUGUGGAGUUCAUGGCAGCGUGUAUACAGGGAGAGGAAAAAGAGGAGAAUGAGGGAGAUCUGAGCAAGAAAAUGCGGGGGAACAGCUACUCAGAGAGGGCUGGAGCCAGUCACCCUCUUCUGAAGCUCCCUUGAGCUGGACUGCAGCAUGUCAGCAAAGUCUAAGGGGACAUCCUCACCGACAGAGGGGCAAGCCUCCAAAGCCAAGGUGAAAGAACAGAUCAAGAUUAUUGUGGAUGAUUUGGAAUUAGUCCUGGGAGACUUGAAGGAUGUAGCUAAGGAACUUAAAGAGGUGGUGGACCAAAUUGACACGCUAACUUCAGAUUUGCAGCUGGAAGAUGAGAUGACAGACAGCUCAAAAACGGACACUUUGAACAGCAGUUCUAGCAGUACAACAGCGUCUAGCUUAGACAAGGUUAAAGUUCGAGCCAAUGCACCUUUGAUAAGUCCACCUGCACAUCCAUCAGCCGUCCUGACAGUACUCAGGAAGCCCAAUCCUCCACCACCUCCUCCGCGGUUAACACCUGUGAAGUUUGAAGAAACCCAAAGGUUAAUUAACUCAGCCAAUAGUGGAAAGAAUAAUGGAGUGUUGCUUCGAAAUGGUGGUUUGCCUGGAGGACCUGUCAAACUUCCUAAUGGUGACAGAUGUACAAUUCAUAACAUCAAAAUGGAUAAAAGCACUGGACAGCUGAUGACACAGAGACCAGAAAAGGAUCACGCCUCAACGAGAGAACGUGUACGCUUUAGUGAGAACGUCCUUUAUCAUGGUUACUGUCCAGACUGUGAUGUUCGAUCGGAGAUGAAAAACAGAGAUGUACAUCACCAUGGAGAGUCUGUCCACUUGGCAAGAAAAUUCCCUCAUCACUGUUCUUUAUCACCUCCACAAGUGCCACCUUUUCCUGUUGAAAAUGGUGGUCUAGGAAUUUCCAAUAGUGGUUGUCACCCUCCUUUAAAACCUGGAAAUCAGCCUCCUCCAACCACACCGAAGCCUCAAAAAACUAUACUGAGGAAAUCAACCACUACAACUGUGUGAUAUUAUUUUUACAUUUAUAUUUUUAUUAUACUAAAUAUUAAAUAUUUGAUAAUGAGCACUUUAAAGCAAUAAAAUACCAGAUACAACAACCCUUCUGUCUCCAGAAGUGUCAAAUCAAUCACUUGAGAGCAUAUUGUGCUGGAAGCUAAUGGAUCCAGGAGAGUACUAUGUAUGGCUUCAUGGACUCUGUACUGAAUACAACUAUAUGGUCCCAGCGACAGGAAGAAACGUCUACAAUCAGCAGCUUCGCCACAGAUUUCUUAGAUUUACAUCCUUCAUUGUGACACCUGCGAGGUGAAGCGAUGGUAAAAUGUGACAAGAGACUCUUUCUUAGACCUUUGAAGUCACAGCACAAUGAAUGGAGAUUUCCUGAAAAAAAAAGUUUAGUUUUGAACCCCUUGCCCUAAAUAAUUCAAAGCCUUUACUAAUGUUCACCAAGAAAAGAAACGUAAAGCUAAGUGAACUGACCUGCAGCUGCACCUUCUCCAGAGUACAUGAAACCGAAGGACAACUGAAAAUCCUAAAGAUAUUCGGCAUCACUGAGCCUCAUUGUUUCUGGACAAAAACUAACAGUAUCAUUGAUAGGUUCCAUAAAGAUCUGGAUGCUUUUUACUGCAGUGGAGGAGACCGUAAAAAUUUUUUAAAGCCAUAGAUGAAGACACAUUGGACAAUGGGACAGUGCCAGAUUUCUAAAUGAAUUAACAUCUGUAUUUCAACAGUUGUGGAUUUAAUUCAAUGCACGACAUGUAUCUGCACUGCCGGUUCCAUUCAGGGUAAUGAUAUGUGCCAUCAUUUGCACAGAUGGACAGAGCAUCUAAAGACAAUUUCAAGUGCAUAUUUGGGGGCUCGCAAGAUAAAUGGGAAUGCUUUCUUACAUGUGCACUUCACCUUCCUAACCCCAAAAAAAUAUUUAUUUUUUUGACCGAUACGUAGCAAGCAGUCACAAACCCAUCAGCUAGUAUUCCCGGGACUGUCCACUACCAUGUGAUACUGCCAAAUUAGCCUUUGACCCAAUAUAUGUGCAAUUUUUUUACAUUUGCCUCAUUUUAUGUUAUAUAGUUUUGAAAAAAAAAAUUCAUAAAAAUAUAUUUGCCACGGAUAAAUAAUAAUUUAUUCACAUAAAUACCAGCAUUUGGUGCAUAUCCAUGACAUGCCAUCAAGCUACAUACAGGAUAUUAAGCAUUUAUUAUAUUCUGCCUUUCUUUUCAUUACAUUUAUUGACAAAUGUGUUUACUGUGUUACCAACUUCCAUUUAUUCAGUUUAUGUUAUGAAGUGAAGGAACAUAGAAUAUUUUUUUAAUGUAAGUAAAGGAAGAUAUCUUGCCACGCCAUUGCAAUUUCAGGCUAAAAGCUUUAAUAUAAAUAUGAUGUAUAUACUGUAAAAUUCUGAUGUAAACUUAUAUAGUAUAUUUCUACAAGCAUACAUGUACAAAUAAAAAAAAAGAUAUUUUUCAUUACAAAGAUUCAGUAAAAAAUAUUUUGAUAAUAAGUUUAUGGUGGGUUUACAAAUGCAGGAAUAGAUGAAAAGGAUUGUAUGAAUGUCCAAAGACGUUUUUUAGUUUCUUCAAUCAUUUCCAAAUUCAAAUUCAUUUGGAACAUUGGGGAUUAACUAUUUGUGUCAUGCUUCUGUUAUUACUGAAACUGUCCACAUUUACUUGGAAGAAACAUAGAUAAAAUACAGGAAUACAACUUCUAUUGUUUACGGCUAUUUUUCUGAGAAUGGAACCAUUGCAAACUAAUAAGAAAUUACUAAAUCUGCAAUGUAAUCAUAAAUGUUAAUAUAGGAGUUCUGCAACAAAUCUGGCACAUGUGAAUAUAGCCGUAUAAUGACUAUACCAUAAGUUAAGGGAUGGCGGGAGAUGUAUCAAAACCUGUGCAGAGGAAUAGUGGUAGAGUUGUUCAUAGCAACCAAUCAGAUGUCUUCUUUUAUUUUUCAGAGGCCUUUUAAUAAAAUGAAAGAAGCAAUCUGAUUGUUUGCAAAUGAGCAUCUACUUCAACAACUGGGCGCCAAUCCCUUCCCGCGCUAAAGUGCAGUGGCGUAAAAACACAUAAUAUACAUAGUCGGUCACAGAACAGAACAGAAACAGAAAACUACUAGAUAAUAUAGAUAGUGAAUUAACAAACAGUUCAUAAACUGGAUAUCAGAUAAACGGCAGACAAGAUAAAAUGAACAAGACUAUGCAUGAUAUGAGUAUACAGCGGAAUCCAGGAGAUGAAAGGGAUAAACAGAAGAACUGAGAGACAAAACACAAAAAUGAACAGGUAGCAUAGGACACUGUUCACAAACAGGUAUAAGUACAAAGGACAAAGAUCAGAUCAACCAAACAGGAUAUAAAUAUAGGACACUCUUCACACUGGGACACAGAACAUACAAACUGGACUCCCUACUCCACCAAAAGGAGUAGCCAUUAAUAAUAGGCCAAAUAGGCUACUGGCCAGCGGACACACUCCACUGUGUGGACAAAAUGCUGACACAGUAGGAAAUGGAAAUAUAAUACAUGAAACACUAGACUAGAACCGGAUGGGUUGGAAUAGACUCCAGAAUACCAAACAGGAAUAUAACAUACAGAGCACAGGGUACAAGCAAGACUCAGACACAGUGUGAACACAGACAGAGCAGAACAAACAAACAAUCCUAAAACCGACUAAUGUAACACGGACCAUGGCUAAAAACCCAGAUAAAAUUACAAGAUAAAUACAAGGUAAAUGCUCAAGCAGACAUAGUCAGAAUAUAGCACAAACAGAGAUAGUAGUAUUGCACUCAAUAACCAGCACCAGAAUGUCGGAGAACUCUGGCUAAAUAACUCCACCCCAGUUCUCAUUCAUUCAGAGCAUUAACUAUUCCCUAUCCAAUCCAGAUGGAAUAUUAAACUGCUCUGAACAAACUAGUGUGUAAAUGCACACCUAAACAUAAAAAUACAAAAACAACUAAACGGACAUCACUCACCUGCGUGUCUUACCUUCAGAGGUUUAUAAUAUAGUUUAUGCCAAGCACACCUUUUGUAUCUACUUUAAAAAAAUAAUAAUAAUCUUAAAAUAAUACAACUCAAAGUUCUAAUUCAGAACCAAAAACUGGAUUAGUCUAGGAUAAAACCUGAAUUACCUGAAUUACCUAUUCCUUGCUGUUGUCAGCUGAAGGAAAGAAGGAAAGUAAAGGAGAGAAAAGGAAAGGAGGAUAGGGGGAAAGGAAAGGGAAAGGAAAGCCCCCCCACCCCUUACCUUUUUUAUUUAAAUUGGUUCAGAAAUCCGAUUUUGCAUGCUACUAAUGAAAUCAUUAUUACUAAAUGCUAGCCAAACCCUCGACAGAUUCUUUCAACCACCGGAGGGGCGUACAUAGACAAUUAUAACAUAUACAUAUCCUGACAGGAUAGCAAAAUCAUGUUUUUUUUUCUAAGCAAGCAAUCCUGUGACACACACUUUAGAAUAUGUUAAGCCUUGAUGAAAAGAAAGAAAGGACACAUCAGUGUCACAAGAUAUUGAAGUGGAGAGUAACAAUCUUGGCACCGCUUGCUAUAACAGUGUGUAUAUGGUAAAUAAUGGCUUGUUCGGGGGUCUCUGGACUGGGUGGUGCUGCUGUUCUGUAGAGGUAUGUGCAAAACAACGGCAGUAGUAGAUAGAAAGACAAGCGCACUCGCCAAACUUUUCUGAUAUCUUUGCUUUAUUCGAGUCAGUAACUUCCUAGCUUGCUGUUAGGUACAGAGUUCCCCUCUUGAUGUCACCAAGGGGGCCUGGAGAAAUGCCAACAGGCGGGAAAUGGCCGCCCUCGCCCAGGUGUAUCGCCCCUGCUAAUCUGCUCUGCACAACACACGAGGAGAACUCUGUACCGAACAGUGUCACAAGAUUACAAGUUCAAGAAAAAAACAUAUGAUUAUAUGAUACACUGUCAGAAAACAUGCUUUGAUAUUGUACAAAAUGUUUUUAACUAAAUUUAAGAAUAUGUGAUAAAGCCCUGACCCUAGUAUCUGAGUAAAGGAAUUUAGAGUUCAUUAUUUCAGAAAACUUAAAGGUAGGCAGACAAUGCCAUAGAGCAGCAAAAAUGCUAGCAGAAUGCUUGGGUGUAUAGGUAGAGGUAUAAGCAGUAGAGAGAGAAGUGCUCAUGCCACUGUACAGAGCAAUGGUGAGACCUCACUUGGAGUAUUGUGCGCAGUACUGGAGGCCAUAUCUCCAGAAGGAUAUAGAUACAUUGGAGAGAAGAGCUACUAAACUAGUACAUGUAAAGCAAGCAUAUGCAAUCCAGCUCACCCUCCAGUCCCGCUGCGUCUCGGAUGGUGUGAGACAGCACCCACCCAAAUACAGAAUCAAGAGCUAGUACAUGGGUUGGAGAAAACUUACCAGGAAAGGUUAAUGUGUAUUGUGAAAGAAAGAAGAGGCAGAGGGGAUAUGAUAGAAACUUUUAAAUACAUACAGGGAAUCAAGGAGGAGAGCAUAUUUAAAUGAAAAAAAAACUACCACAAGAGGACAUAGUUUUAUAUUAGAGGGGCAAAGAUUUAAAAGUAAUAUCAGAAAGUAGUACUUUACUGAGAGAGUAGUGGAUGCAUGGAAUAGCCUUCCUGCAGAAGUGGUCGCUGCAAAUACAAUGAAGGAGUUGAAGUAUGCAUGGGAUAAGCAUAAGGCUUUUCUUGAUAUAAGAUAGGGCCAGGGACUAUUCAUAGGUAUUCAGAAUAUUGAGCAGAUUAGAUGCACAUAUGGUUCUUAUCACACAUCCUUUGUUUCUAUGGUUAAGAAAAGGUAAGGGGGGCACAUCUGAAUGUGUGUAUAAAGAGGGCACUUGAUAGUUUAGAAAUCCUUGUUUAUACAGCAACCUUGGCAAUGAUUCAAGCUAAUGGUAUAUCUCUAUGCUGUACGAGAGGUAUGUGACUAUAGGAGUGUACUUACAGAGGGGGAGUAGUUUAAUGUGACCAAGCGGGUUGUAGAAAUAGUGACCAGAGACUGGAAUGCAUUUCCACUCUAUGACACGGCAGGCAAUGAUUUUACUUACCGGUUAGUGAGUAGGGAGGAAGCAGAGGUCUGUGGCACAAUUUGCCAAGCUUUAAAGGGAAAUGCCAUGGAUAGGCCUCACAGAGGCAUUACACAUCAGGGUCUUAAGGCACUGAUAACUUUUUAUUUUACACUGAAGGAGUUUAUCACUUGUGUCUAUCCUUUUUGGAAGACUGUCUGCCCUUGUUUUAGGAAAAUUUAUUUCCCUGGUGCAAAACACACAAAAAACGUGUCCUCUUCUUUUAUAAGAUGCACCAGAAUUCUAUACGAUGAAGACCACAAUACCAUCCGAUCGUACAAACUAUUUAGACCAUUUUCAUCAUGGUCUGCUUUGGUACAAAAAUUUUAGACAAAAUGCAGCUUUUACUGAAUGAUAAUAAAGAGUUGCCAAAUGGUUCUUUUUAGCAGUAACAAAAGAAGUUGUUCAGUAUUAUGCAAAUGUGUCAAUCUAUGAAAGUAUAUUGGCUACAUAAUCUAUCUAUUGUAUUUUUACUGCAUUUGAAUGGGUGAGUUUCUAAGUCUCUAUUAAGCUUGGGCUACAGAUACACUUUUUUUUGCUUUUAUUCAGUAGUAAAAGCAACAUAGAUAACUUAUUUUGCCUUAACAUGCCUUGUCUGUGGCUUUUAGGUGCACCUUUUUUUUUACCAUGUGUGUUUUUCCUGGAUAUAUAUAGCAUUGUAAAGUUUAUGUUUUCACAUCGUAAAAUGAAUAGCAAAUAUGUUUAAAAAAAGCAUCCUUAAUUCCAAUGUUAGAAUUACAUUUUUUUUUUGUUUUGUUUUUUAAACAGUGGGGGAGAUUCUCAAAAACUACUGUAAUUUCUGUUCCAGUGAUAUUAUUCACACCUUUUUUCUUCUCCUCACAUUUUCUAAGCUCUUUUGUGCUGCUUUGAAAAUAUGAAAAUAUGUGAAAAAAAAUUUUCAUGCCACUUUUGUUUUUUUUCACGCCAAAUUUUUUUGUGGCAGCCAUAUUGGAUUUUUGCCACCAAAAUUGCUGAGUUUGGCACCAAAAUUAGAAAUUUUUGCACCAAAAUUGCAGAUUUUGCACAAAAUUUUACAUCCCAGAAAAUUCUGACUGAAACAUUCUGGCGGAAAUAUAUUUUUUUUGGCGCAAAAUUCUUUGAGAAUCUCCCUCAGUGUGUGCAACUUUAGACUGCUUUCAAUCAAACCUAUUAAGCAUCUGUAUUGGAUCAGCAACUUGCAGGCCAUAAAAUGGAGCUAUUGUUAAGCUAUGGGGCUAUUCACAUUGGUGCAUAAAAUAUGUGUGUGUUCUGAAAACAUUGAAUAUAUCUUUUUUGCUUUGUUAUUGCUUUCACACAUCGGUUUUUGGAGUAGUACUUUUCAUCAGUAUUUGUAACUCAAAAACAGGAGUGGAAAAAGCUUUGUUUUGCUAGGUUCACAUGUAUCAGGUGUCCGGUAUAGUUUCCCUCCGUCAUGCAAUGGAGGGAAACUGAUGCUAGAACUGAUCCCAUUCAUUUGAAUGGGACAGUUCCCAAUCAUACAGCAUCUCAAUUUUGAUGCCGGAUGGUUGGACACGCCGGAGGGCACCGGACAGGGGAACGCAGCUUGCUUCUGCCAUGCAGAAACAAUGGAUGCCAGAUGCCAUAUAAUUGACGACAACUUGUCAUCAGUUGCAACGAGAUCUAGGCUGAGUUCACCUAUGCCGGAUGCUGGCCAUAUGUGAACCCAGCCUAACUCUUCCAUGUAGGCCCACUCCUGGUUUUGGCUUACAAAUACUGAUGCAAAAUACUGACAUAGCAAGUGUUGUGUAAUGGUUGCAGCUCAUAGGUAGGGUGUAAUUUCCCCAAAGUUGCGUGAAAGUUGGGAGAUAAAUCAUCAUUUCUCAAUAUAUUUUAAAAUUUUGCAUUUGGUAGUAACUGAAAUAUGGAGUACGGUUGUCAUGACCUAUAUAUUAAAAAUGGUUGGAGGUUACUGCAUUACUUCAUAGCCUGAAAAUAUGAGCAAAUAUACUGUAAAAUGAAAGCUGUAAAUGAAAUAUCAUUUCAUACAUGCGUAGUUUACAAUUAUUUUGGAAUAAAAUGAAAUUCUACA